AGCGGGGCCCGGGCGGCGCUUUCGCUCCCUUCUAGGCCCCUUUUCCCGUGCAGAGCCCUCGAUGGCGCAGUGCGUGACCCGCGUGGAGCUCUCCGUGGCCUGCGAGCGCCUCCUCGACAGGGACGUGGGCUCCAGGUCCGACCCGCUCUGCGUCUUGCUGCAGGACGUGGGAGGCGGCCGCUGGGCCGAGUUAGAUCGAACAGAGAGGGUAAAGAACUGCCAGAAUCCUGAGUUCUCCAAGAAAUUGGUCAUCGACUACUACUUUGAGAAAGUGCAGAAGCUGAAGUUUGGCGUGUAUGAUAUUGAUAACACAUCCUUUGAUUUAAACGACGAUGAUUACCUUGGAGGGAUCGAAUGCACGCUGGGACAGAUAGUGUCCAGCUCAGUGUUCACCCGACCUUUGGAACUGAAGAAGGGAAAACCAGCAGGAAAAGGCACUAUUACGAUUUCAGCAGAGGAGAUUAAAGAUGCCAGAGUUGUGUAUCUGGAAAUUGAAGCUCGAAACCUGGACAAAAAGGAUUUCUUGGGCAAGUCGGAUCCGUUUUUGGAGUUUUACAAGCAGACUGAUGCUGGAACGUGGCAGCUGGUGUACAGAUCGGAGGUGAUUAAGAACAACCUAAACCCAUGCUGGAAGAAAUUCGGUGUUCCCUUGCAGACAUUCUGUGGUGGAGACUUCAAUAAACCCAUCAAGGUACAGUGCGCGGAUCACGAUAGCGACGGGUCGCAUGACUUGAUAGGCAGUUUUGAAACUAACCUGACUCAGCUGCACAAAGCGAGUGACAGCUCUCCGGUGGAAUUUGAAUGCAUUAAUCCUGUGAAGAAACAAAAGAAAAAGAGCUACAAAAACUCUGGCAUCAUUAGGAUAAAAUCCUGCAAGAUUGAAAGAGAUUACUCAUUCCUGGACUAUGUGAUGGGAGGCUGCCAGAUUAACUUCACAGUGGGUAUAGACUUCACUGGCUCCAAUGGAGAUCCCAAGUCACCAGAUUCCCUUCACUACAUCAGCCCAGAUGGGAUAAACGAGUACCUGAUUGCCAUCUGGAGUGUGGGAAGUGUAGUCCAGGAUUAUGACACGGACAAGCUGUUUCCUGCGUUUGGGUUUGGAGCUCAGAUUCCUCCUAGCUGGCAGGUGUCUCAUGAGUUUGCUUUGAACUUCAACCCCAGCAACCCUUAUUGUCAAGGGAUCCAAGGGAUAGUGGAUGCCUACCGCCAGAUCCUGCCUCAGAUCCGUCUCUAUGGUCCAACCAACUUCUCUCCUAUUAUAAACCACGUGGCGCGGUUUGCGGCGCACGCGGCGCAGCAGGGGAGCGCCUCUCAAUAUUUUGUCUUGCUGAUCAUCACAGAUGGAGAGAUCACUGACCUGGACCAAACUAGGCAAGCGAUUGUUCAUGCCUCCAAGCUGCCCAUGUCCAUCAUUAUCGUUGGAGUUGGCCAAGCUGAUUUCAAGGCAAUGGAGUUUCUUGAUGGAGACAACGGCGUUCUGAAGCCCUUGACGGGAGAACCAGCUGCACGAGACAUUGUUCAGUUUGUGCCUUUCCAGCAGUUCAGAAAUGCUCCCCGGGAAGCUCUUUCCCAGAUGGUCCUGGCUGAAGUGCCGAAGCAGCUGGUGUCAUACUACAGGUUGCAGGGAUGGCCACCUGUGAAACUACCAGAAGUAAAGCAAAUAUAGAGCGCAGCCCGGCGCUGGCCUCGCGUGUCGCCGGGUGCACCCGGCUCUGCACCCACGCUUCUUUUGCACACUACAGAGUGCUCGGUGCCUCGAGAAAGCACCGUUCACACUAAUUUCUCUUUUCUGCUUGCGCUUUGCAUCUUUUAUCUUUCCUGUUCUCAAUAGGAAGAACUGUAAAUAUGGGGAAAAUGCAAUUGCUGGCAGUUUUUGUCACAGCGAGUAAUUCUUGUUGGCUUUCCACCUUGCAGCAGUGACAGGAGACGCCCCACAUCCUUGCUUGGUGUAGCCCAAUUCCUGCUCGAUGUCAGAAGGGGCAUGUGCGCUGGCCUGCACAGCCCUGCUCUCUCACAUGGCUGCUUCAGUGCUCGCCAGGGCAAGUACUGUAGUCGUGUUUGCCAUAACGAUACCCAUCGUGUUCCUCGGUGGGGUUUUCCUUCUCUCGAGCUGCCUUGGGAAUGGGGACCCUUCUGUGCUGGUUGGUACCAAAGUCUGUUGGUUGGGUGCCUGAGGUAGUUCUUGUGCCUUCAUAAAGUGCCAGUAUAUUUUUAUAUGUAGAGGUUUAUUUUUAAAUUUCAGUUACCAUAAUUACCAACUAUUUUGUAAGUUACAUUUUUGUAUUUGCAACAACGGCUUCCUGAUUUACUCUUACUUUGGACCCAUUCUUGCCAUGUAAGAACACUCUGCACUUUGCUUGUAUCUGGGAGCAUUCAUGAGGUAUGUGACUUUCAGCUGUGAACAUUGAAAUAAAGACGCUUGAAUGAUAUUCCUAAUAUUGUGCAAUUAUCAAAUGACAAAGUAAUUAUCUGUGGAACUCUGAAAAGGUGUUUUGUUGUCCUCAAAAUGCGAACCAUGUGUAAUUGUGAUUUGAGUACUGUGGAAGAGGCAGAUGAUAACGAACACAGUUGCCUUGAGGCAGUGGAGAUACUUUAUGCCUGUUUUGAAAUGAAUUAGCUUGGGCUUGUCAUUGCUCUACAA